AUGUCGGUGUACGACGCAACACCUGCGUCUGCCAACCCAAACCCGGACUUCUCGGACCGAGCACAUCAAGUACCGCCGAUCGGAUCCGGCCUUACCUUUGCCAGUAAGCGCGUCUCAGCCCCGGCUGGACAGCCACUCUACCCCUCACGGAGGACCGCCAUGGCACGGGCUGUCGGCCCCGAGUGUGGCUGCAAGAAUCUGUCCGUCGAGGGUCGUCCUAAGCUGCAGGCUGCAGGCUGUGAGGCUGUCUCUGGCGUCGGCACUGUGCAGGCUCCCUCUCACUUUUUUUUUUGGACAUCCAUCGCCCACCCCAAGGUUGUGCGGGGCCCGGCCUGGUACAACUGA